AUGCAGGAGCUUGGCGCAGUGCUCUCCUCCGCGGCCCGGGCUCUCAGCCUCUUGGCUCUGGUGCUGCAGCUGCUGACUCAGCCGCCCGGUGCCGACUCAGCUCUCCGGUACCGGGUGGCCGAGGAGGGCCCGCCCGACGUCAAGAUCGGCAACGUGGCCGCAGACCUGGGCCUGAACGCGGGCACGGGCAACGGGGACGUCACCUUCGCCCUGGAGAGCGGCUCGGAGUUCUUCAAGAUCGACAACGUGACCGGCGAGCUGACCACGGGCACCCGGCGCAUCGACCGGGAGAAGCUGCCCCAGUGCCAGAUGAUCUUUGACGAGAACGAGUGUUUCCUGGACUUCGAGGUGUCGGUGAUCGGGCCCCUGCAGAGCUGGGUGGACCUGUUCGAAGGCCGAGUGGUCAUCACGGACAUCAACGACAACACACCUUCGUUCCCCUCACCUGUGCUCCAGCUCUCCGUGGAAGAGAACCGCCCCAUAGGAACCCUCUACCUGCUGCCCACUGCCACAGACAGGGACUUUGGGCGCAAUGGCAUCGACCGGUAUGAGUUGAUCCAGGAUGGGGGUGCUGGGUCAAGUUCAGCCAGGCGCACAGCAGGAGGCAACCCGAUCGGAGGACUUGGGGACCGGAGGGGACGAAGUGGAGACAGUGGAGGAGCCAGGAGCACUGUGUUUGAAUUACAAGUUGCAGACAUACCAGAUGGUGAGAAACAGCCGCAGCUCAUCGUGAAAGGAACGCUGGACCGGGAGCUGAAGGACUCGUAUGAACUCAUCCUCAGGGUUCGAGAUGGAGGGAACCCACCACGUUCCUCCCAAGCCCUGCUUCGGGUCUCCAUCACCGAUGUGAAUGACAACAGCCCGCAGUUCGAGAGGUCCACCUAUGAGGCCGAGAUGGCAGAGAACGCUCCUCCAGGUACACCUGUGCUCCAGGUCAGAGCUUCAGACAGAGACAUUGGGGUCAACGGGCAGGUGGAGUACGUCUUUGGAGCUGCCACCGAAUCCGUCAGGCGACUCCUGCGGCUGGACGAGGCCACCGGAUGGCUGAGCGUCCUCCACCGGAUCGACAGGGAGGAAGUGGCCCAGCUGAGGUUCACGGUCACAGCCAGGGACAGGGGUCAGCCUCCCCGGACCGACCGGACCACCGUGGUGCUGGCUGUCCGAGAUGAGAACGACAACGUCCCAGUUGUAGAGAUCCGCAAGAUCGGAAGGAUCCCCGUUCGAGAUGGUGCAGCACUGGUGCCUGAAAACGUCCUGGUGGACACACCAGUGGCUUUGGUGCAGGUGUCAGACCGAGACCAGGGAGAGAAUGGGGCCGUGACGUGCACAGUGGUGGGAGACGUUCCGUUCACACUGAAGCCAGCUGGGGAGACAGCUCUCCCUCCGCUACCUGCAGAUGAAGCCUUUGACAGGAACAAGAAAAAAUACUUCUUGCAUACUUCUGCCUUGCUGGACUACGAGGUCACCAAAGAGUACAGUGUCACCAUUGUGGCAGUAGAUUCUGGAAGCCCCAGUCUGUCCAGUAACAGCUCGCUGAUGGUGCGAGUGGUAGACAUCAACGACCAUCCCCCAAUCUUUGCCCAGAAUGUCUUGGAGGUUCACUUUGCCGAGAACAACUCACCGGGCGAGAGGGUGGUGACUGUGGUAGCUUCAGAUGCAGACAGUGGAAAGAAUGCAGAGAUUGUGUACUCCUUGGACUCUGCUGCCAAUGGGCCAUUUUACAUCGAUGCAGAUAAUGGAGACAUCCGUGCCACUGGGGUUCUGGACCGUGAGCUGCGAGAGAGGUACGAGCUCCGGGUUAUUGCCAAGGACAAGGGCACCCCCCCUCUGCAAGGUUCUGCCACUGUUGUUGUCCAGGUUACUGACAGAAAUGACAACGCACCAAAGUUUGUUCAGGAAAUCUUCACGUUCUACGUCAAGGAGAACUUGCUUGCCAACAGCCCGGUUGGCAUGGUCACCGUGACGGAUGCUGAUGAAGGGGACAAUGCAGAGCUCAGUCUGUUUGUGGAGAUGGAUGGAGCGGACGAGAAGAAGGAGGGGGAGGGUGGAGAGAAAGAACAAGGUGAGGAAGUGUUUUCCAUUGAGAACAACACAGGGACCAUCUUCUCGUCUGCGUCGUUUGAUCGUGAGAAGCUCUCCAGCUACACCUUCCGUGUCCGGGCUGUGGACGGAGGCGAGCCACGCAAAACGGCCACCGCCACCGUCUCACUCUUUGUGACAGAUGAAAAUGACAACGCCCCCUCAGUCACCUCUCCCGCCAACGAGUCCUACACCCUUCUUCCUCCCGCCAGCAGCGCCCGCACCGUAGUCCGGACCGUUAUGGCCAUCGACUCAGACACAGGCCCAAACUCGGACCUUCACUAUUCUCUCGUCGGGGGAAAUCCCUUCAGACUCUUUGAGAUUGGUCACGCCAAUGGUGUGAUCACCCUGGCAGAACCCCUGGAGCGGCGCCACAGAGGUCUGCAUCGCCUGGUGGUCCGGGUCAACGAUAGCGGGGUCCCAUCACUCUGUGCCACGGCCCUGGUCCAUGUCUUUAUCAACGAAAGCGUGGCCAACGCUACCCUGGUGGAGGCACAGGUGGCCCGAAGCCUGAUGGCUCCACUGCUGCUGGACAUUGCCGGGGACCCUGACAGUGAGCGUUCACUGGGGAAGCAGCGCCUCAGCGUAGCCAUCGGCGUCCUGGCCGGAGCCGCGGCCGUCAUCCUGGUGAUUCUCCUCGUUGUCACAGCUCGGCAGUGCGGUGCUCAGGGGAAGAACGGCUACGAGGCCGGCAAGAAGGAGCCAGAGGAGGACUUCUUCAGUCCUCCAGGGGCUCAACCUCACGCCGGCCGUGGAGGAGGAUCCGACCGUGGACGCAAACCUCGACGUGACAAACGCAACGGAAGCGGCGGUGGUGCUGCUGCGGGAGGAGGCAAAUCGGACAGAUCCCUCUACAGCGGUAUCGUCACGGUCAACGGAUUGCGUCGCCAUGCCAACGACGACGAUGAGGAGGAUUUGAGCAGCGCCAGCGAGCGCCUGGCGGCCCGCUACUGUUCCAUGGAAGGUGACCCUGGCAGCCCGCGGAUGAGUGGCGGCAUGAGACACCAGUCAAGCCCAGAUCUCGCCCGGCACUACAAAUCCAGCUCCCCUCUCCCCGCGGUGAACCUGCAGCCCCACUCCCCCCCGGCUGAAGGAAAGAAGCACCAGGCCGUCCAGGAGCUGCCUCCGUCCAACACCUUUGUGGGCAGCGGAGGUUGUGUGGGCAGCGCUGGCUCCAGCAGCAGCAGCAGCGGGGGCAGCGGCAACGCAGAUGCAAUGUCCCUGGGAUCCGACCAGUGCUCAGAUUAUGGCUGCCAGACUGGGAACAAGUACAGCAAACAGGGGACCCUUCGACGGGUGACCUUCUCGGUAGUCAGCCAGCCCCAGGACGGCGGUUGCUAUGACAGUGGCCUGGAGGACUCCGAGACGCCGAGCAGCAAGGGUUCGUCUGGGCCGCGACUGGGCGCCCUGCCGCUGCCGGAGGAAGGCUACGAGCGGACCACGCCGGAGGGCAGUGUGGGGGAGGAGGAGCAUCUGGAAAACGAUGCCAGACAGUUGCCAGACGUAGCUCUGACAGGAAAGUGCACCAGGGAGUGUGAUGAAUUCGGCCACUCUGACACUUGUUGGAUGCCCGUCCGCCCCACAACACGCCAGCGUCACGGCAGCGACCCCCCACGGCUCUCCACCUUCGCCCCGGGAGAUGAUAACAACAAUCUCCGUGGCCACGAUCAUGAGAGUGACAGCGAGAGUGCCGGCAGCGCAGGGAGCUCGGAACCCGGCAUGGUCGUCGGUGGAGAAGGUCAGAGAUUACCCCUAGCCAAUGGGGAUCCUCUCGGCACCCUGGGUAGUGGAGACCGCAACAGGAACAUGGGCGAUCACAACCGUAACCUUCUGAACCGCAAGAUGACUUCAGCAUCCUACGACACAUUUAGCAGCGCAGGCUUUGGGAGGCGCCAGCCAGAGGAGGAAGGAAGAGAAGGCCAGAACGCACCCGAGGUGAUACCACUGACGAGGACAGGAGGUGACUACAAGACCACGUCCUGUCUCACCCUGUCACGCCGGGAGGUCUACCUGUGA